AUGGUAGACAUUAUUAAACCCAUAUCACCUGUGUCAACACUAUUAUCUUCAACUAAUCUUCAAAGACAAAAUCGAUCAACUUCCAAACACCUUUCUUUACCAGUAUUAGUUACAACUGUUGAUAAUAUUCCAUCAAAUGAACAAACAAAUAUUUUUUUAAAUUCAAAACGAUGGAUUGGACGUUGUCCUGGUGAAAUGACAAAUCGACAAUUGACUACAUCUAAUGUAGCAUAUAAUAUACAUCGAAAAAUGAUCUAUCGUGAAUUAUCUCAAUUUUAUCCAAUGACAACAGGUGAUUUGUCUGCAAUGAUAAAAAUCAAACAACAACAUCAACAGAAAAAUUCUAAUAAAGAAUCGUUAAAGGUAACAAUAGGAACAGCAACAACUGUUACAUCGCUUCCAACUGUAUCAAGUGUUGAUGCUCAAAGUUCUCGUCUAUUUGAUACACUUUCAAAACAUGUUACAAUUAAGGCAGAACCACUUCGACCAACAAAUUAUUUUAUAAACAAUACAAAUAAAUUCGUAUCUUCAUGGCAAAAAUAUUGGGCAUCUACACAUAUACAACGACGACGAAAAGAACCUCAUGAUAUAGAAUUUCCUUAUAUACGUGAUCAACAACUUUCUAUUCCUCCAGCACAUUUUCUUACUGUUCAUGAUUCAUCAUUACAACAUAUAAAUAAUGAAAAUAAUAGUUUUAGUAGAAAAUCAUCAAUUAUAUCAAAUUGUUCUACUAUAACUGAAUGUCCUUCACCGAUAAUAUUCGAUAAUCAAUCAUCAUUUAUAAAAGAAGAAAAUCAUGUUAGUUUAUCGCGAACUGUUUUAUUAUCUAUAAUUGAUUUAUCAAAAGAAAAACAUUCUCCAAUGAAUAAUUCUUUAAAAUUAAUUGAUCAAAAAAAUGUAUCACCUAUUCAAAGUAAAGGUUCAAUUAUUAAUAAUAAUGAUGAUAAUAAAAUUCCUAAUGAAACAAAUCUAAUAGCAGCAAGACUUUAUAAACUUCCAUUACCUUCAGCUAAACCUAGAGUUAGUAGAAUAUCUAUCAAACAUGGAUCACAAUCAAAAUCAUCAGAAAAAAAAAAAACUAAAAAUUCGUCAUCAGAUAAAAAAGAAACAACAACAACUUCAUCUGCAACAACCACAUCUACUUCAAAAACUAAACAACAAACAUCAUCGAAUAAAUCAAAUCGAAUAACUAUUAAAAAGCAGCAAUCAUUAUCAACAGUAAUAACAACAACACCAAGAUCGAAAUAUGAACAAAUAAAUUGGGAAGAACCAUAUAUUGGUAUUAGAUUUGAUCCUCCAACACCACCAUGUUCACCAUCAUUAUUUAUUUGGCCAGAAGAUAGUGAUCAAGAUGAAGAUGAUAGAAUAUUAAAACAAAAUUUUAUUAUAGAAAUAUAA